UCUGGAUAAGCCCAAAUUAACCACAUGAUACCUUGUAUCUGAACCUAUCGUCCAGUGGUGUAUUAGUUCAUAAUUGUUUGGCCAAAUAAGGUAAAGGAUAUGCUGAUGUUGACACAAAAUGUGCAGUGGUUUAGACAAAAAAAAAACACACAACUCCAAUCUUACAUUUCGUGCUCACUCAGUACAUCUGGUUACGUUGGACAUAUUUACACACCAAUGUAAUAUAUUUGGACGCAUUUCUUUUCAACUCUCAAAGACCGUGGUGGAGAAUCCAACAAUGCAGACCAUGGAUAUUGACAAAGACACAUAUGCCAACAAGCCCAGAAAAAAGGAUUACAUCGGUGUUACAUUUUCAGCUAACUUUCAGUGGUGGAAGAGACCAUCCGGAGUUGCUGCAGUGUGUCUGGGGCUGCUGUGUGUCCUCCUAUUGGCUGGGAUCAUAGGCCUGUCUGUCUACUAUACCCGAGUCAUUGGUCAUUACUGCUCUGCAGAGAGAUUCCAGACGUCCAGUUUGAACAACCUGACUAAAGAGAGAGACCAGCUAAAGACCAGUUACACCACCCCAACUAAAGAGAGAAACCAGUUAAAGACCAGUUACAGCACCCUGACUAAAGAGAGAAACCAGUUACAGACCAGUUACACCACCCUGACUAAAGAUAGAGACCAGCUACAGACCAGUUACAACACCCUGACUAAAGAGAGAGACCAGCUACAGAGCAGAUACAACAACCUGACUAAAGAGAGAGACCCGCUACAGAACAGUUACAACACCCUGACUAGAGAGAGAGACCAGUUACAGACCAGAUACAACACCCUGACUAAAGAGAGAGACCAGCUACAGACCAGAUACAACACCCUGACUAAAGAGAAAAACCAGUUACAGACAAGUUCUAACACCCUGACUAAAGAGAAAGACCUGCUACAGACCAGUUAUAACACCCUGACUAAAGAGAGAGACCAGUUACAGACCAGUAGUAACACCCUGACUAAAGAGAGAGACCAGUUACAGACCAGUAGUAACACCCUGACUAAAGAGAAAUACCAGCUACAGACAAGUUAUAACACCCUGACUAAAGAGAGAGACCAGUUACAGACCAGUUACAACAACCUGACUGAAGAGAGAGACCACUUGAAGGAAGAGCUAAACAAACAGAGCUGUGGAUGGAAGAAGUUUAAGUCCAGUUUGUACUACCUCUCUACUGAGAAGAAAUCCUGGACAGAGAGCAGACAGGACUGUCUGGGACGAGGAGCACACCUGGUGAUCAUUAACAGCAGAGAGGAACAGGAAUUUAUCCAUGAAUGGAGUGGAUGCCUGGAAAUCUAUCUUGGUUUCCAUGACACCAAUACAGAGGGGGUUUGGGAGUGGAUUAACGAUGGCACAUUAGACCAAUCAUCAGCUCCUGUCACUACGUAUUGGAGGAAUGGGGAACCAAACGAUGCAAAUCAGGGUGAAGACUGCGCUCAUCUCUCAAAGAUGGCAUCAGACCCACUAAAGAGUUGGAACGACGUACCAUGCACAAUGAAUAAGCACUGGAUGUGUGAGAAGACAACGUCCACAUUGUAAUUAUGUGUUUAGAGUUUUGAAACAUGAGACAUUUUGAUGAUCUGUUUUACAUUUUUGUGUUAAGCUCAUUCUUGUGAAAAUUUGGCAAAGUGAUUGGGGGGAAAAAAACAUAGGUACAUUGACCCUUAUUUUAGCAUGGUGGGCUAACACAGUCUGUUCUUGCACAUAUGACCCUGGUUCAAAACCCAGCCGGCGACAUUUACAGCCUAAAAUUCUCAUUUGGAUAUCCAAUGUGACUAGAUGAUGUUUUAUUUCGUAAUGAAAUCCCAACAUUAUAUGAUCAGAAACUGUUAUGGAUUUAAGUGGACUGGCGAAGCAGCUUAAGUAAUAGAACUCCUGAUGUAUUAGCAAAGACACGUAACAGCUUAUUAUUUAACAGUACAACAUCACUAUAGACCAUGUAUGCUGUACUGGUAAUAUAAUGGGUCACUAUAGACCAUGUAUGCUGUACUGGUAAUAUAAUGGGUCACUAUAGACCAUGUAUGCUGUACUGGUAAUAUAAUGGGUCAGUAUAGACCAUGUAUGCUGUACUGGUAAUAUAAUGGGUCAGUAUAGACCAUGUAUGCUGUACUGGUAAUAUAAUGGGUCAGUAGACCAUGUAUGCUGUACUGGUAAUAUAAUGGGUCAGUAGACCAUGUAUGCUGUAUUGGUAAUAUAAUGGGUCAGUAGACCAUGUAUGCUGUACUGGUAAUAUAAUGGGUCAGUAG